CUAAUAUGCAAUAUUAAUGUGAAUUGUUAUUUGUUUUUUUCCAUAGUAGUGCAAAAUGAUCGUGAUGUCUAUAUGCUCAUAUGAGUUUUUCACAACAUAAAUAUGGAUUUCUAAUUAUGGAUUCCACCUAAAUAAUUUGACAAGAAAAGCUAAACAAGAGUUUACGUAAACUAAUCGUUUUUUUCUUUUUUAAAACUUAGUUACGUGUUGUUGUUUGUCAUGUGGGUAAUAAAGUAACUUGAAUCCGUAUAUAUGCCGCGUCAAAUUCAACUCCGAUGACAAGGAUAGGUCUCAUCUCAACAAGGGUUGUUGGAUCAUUUUAACUGUUCCUUUUGUCAGGAUGGUUGUUGGAUAAAAUAAAUGAACUUUAUCAAGAUAAUCAAAUUUAGAUUGUGGAUUUGAGUUAACAAAAAGUUCAUUGAGAUUUUCGUAAAAGCCAUCCUUCAUGCCAAGUCAACAAUGGCUAUUGGCUAGUCCUAGUACCAAUCUUUUUACUUUUUAUUAUCUCCCAAAUUCCAUAGAUAAAAGCAAAUGGCUUCGUGCUUCUCCUCUUUUUUUCUUUUCUUCAAUUUUCAAAAUCGUGUAAUCUUAUGAUAUUAAUAACACAAGAAUCUGAGAUUCAUAAUUAAACGCGUUAAAUUAUUCCAUCUCUUUUUUUCAGAUUCUCAUAGCUUUUUAAUCCUUGAUCUGUGAACCUAACUUUUUUUCAAAUUCGCUUUCACGAAAUCGUGAGCUAAGAUCUUCAGAUUCGUGGGUCCGUAAUGUGGUCAAUGGGUUUAAUAAGGCGUACGGCAAUGUCCAGCGCCAUUAGAGCUUCUUCGCAAAGGACAUGGCUUGGUAAUGGUGGAUUAAGAAGCUGCGUCACCGUCAAAACACCGUCGUCAUCGGAGGAGGAAGAGAAGAAGAAAGAGAUAACUAUAGCGGAAGCGAAGAAGCUAAUGAGGCUUGUGAAUGUUGAAGACAUGAAGAAGAAGCUUGUUGGUAUAGCUGAUAGAGAUGUCGUCCCUUACACUACACUUUUAGAAGCUUCUCAAGGAAUGGGUAUCGCUAGAUCUCCUGAUGAAGCUCAUAUCUUUGCUCGUGUUCUUGACGAUGCCGGCGUUGUCUUGAUCUUUCGAGAUAAAGUCUUUCUUCACCCAGACAAGGUGGUGGAUCUGAUUAGAAGAGCGAUGCCUUUGGAACAGAAUCCAGAGGAAGAUCAAAUCAAGGAAGAAUUCAACAAACUUAGAAUCAUGAAAGAAGAGAUUGAUGUUUUAGCGCAUAGACAAGUGAGGAAGAUUCUUUGGUGCGGUUUAGCUACUUCGAUGGUUCAAAUUGGGCUCUUUUUUAGACUAACUUUCUGGGAAUUCUCAUGGGAUGUGAUGGAACCAAUCACUUUCUUCGCUACAGCGACUGGAAUCAUUGUGGGUUAUGCUUAUUUCUUGAUGACUUCGAGAGAUCCGACAUAUCAGGAUUUCAUGAAGAGGCUGUUCUUGUCGAGACAGAGGAAGUUGUUGAAAAGUCAUAAGUUUGAUUGUGAGAGGUUUAAGGAAUUGGAGAGGAUUUGUAAAAUGACGUCGUCUUGUCAUGCAGCUGCGUCUAUAAGGAAUCGUGUUGGAUUAGAACUUGAUCUCGAGGAUGCUUUGCAGAGUCGCAGAGACUGAUUAUUAUUUAUGAAAACAUUCAUUUUUCUUGUCCUCUGGUGGUUCAUCAAACUUAAGAAGAAGAUGAUCAGUCCUUGCAAAAGUGACAAAGAUUGUUUUCGAUCAUCUUCUUCUGCUUCUUAUACUGUUAUACAUAAGUAACCAUUGACAUUGUUUAUUACAAUGAAGAUAACAGAUUUUAACUGUUCUUUUUAAUACGGAA